UUAUGUCAAAGUCAGAUUUUUAUGUUACAUUGUUGAAUGUUGAAUGAAUUGUUGUUUAAGAUUUUUUUAAAGGUCUUUUAUUUGAUUUUUACACAUCCCUGUUUUGUGGUAGCCGGAAGCAAAACAUUAUAAUAUUUAUAGUUUAACACUAGGACCUCGGAGGCGGUGAUUUGUUCUGAAUGUAGGAUGGGAGAACCGUCAAGUAAUGGCAAUACGUAUGGCAUCGAAAAUUGGACGAAAGAAGAGAAAUAUGAUCUUUAUCAAGCAUUAAAGGUAUGUGACUUUCAGGAUUAUGAAAAACUAAGUACAUACAUUACCACAAAGUCUGUAGAUGAUAUUCGAAGGGCUAUAUCACAUUACAAGAACCUGAUAUCUGAACAUCCAGUAUUGUGUAAGAAAGUAAAAAAAGGAACAAAAACUGGGGCCAACCUUAUACCUUUGGCAGAUUGGGGUAAAUUUCUCACAGAAUCUUUAAAUUUAAAGGAUCUUCGUACAGAUACUGCAACAGUUCUUCGUCUGAUAGCAGAUUUUGAAGAAUUCCCUUCACCUGCUUGCGCAAGUAAUGUUAAUUUUAGUAAAAUAUAUCAUGCACUGGCAAAUGCAUUGGAAGGUAAAGAACUGCCUAAAGAUAAAAUGAUAAUUUCAAUAGUGGAUAAGUGUCUAGUUGAUACAGCUUUGACAAGUAAACCUUUUAUGAGAGUGUCGAAUGUUAAAAAUAUAAUUAGGUCUCUUAACAUGUCUGAUAAAGAAUUAAAUUCAUUUCCUCAUUAUACAGAUAAUCAAGAGCUGACUAACAUAAGACAUAUUGCAUCACAAAGGUCAUACAACCCACUUAACUUAUCUGAGGAUAUUUUAAGACCAUCAUGAAUAUAUAUAUUUACAUAUUGUAAUGAGCUUGUGUAAUAAACAUAUAUAUGAUGUUCAAGUAUUUUAA